GCGACAUCAAUAUGAUUGAGGCUGAUAUUGUGCUUGGCAGACUGAACAACACUGGCGAUGAAUUGCCGGUGAUGGCUCAUCCACCAGCGAAUUCCUCGGACUUGUCAUUAUGCGAUGCGAAGGCCGUGAAAUUGGAUUUUAAGUCAAUUGAAGUAUUCGAAGGCUCGUUGGAUAUUUUAAGUCAAUUGAUACCAUUGAUGUCCCAUCCUGUUUGGCUAAAUGCUGACAUCUUUGGCGGACCCGUUAAUCAAUCUAAUACGGUGCCAGUUGAUCCAGAGCGUUUCUUCACCGGCGCCGCAAAAUUCGAAACAGCCGUACUCUCGAUUGGCUGGACAACACUUUGGGGCGCCAAUUACACAGAGGGCUACUAUACAGAGCAUGAAAUCGAUGAGAUGUUGGUGGCCAUCAAAAACAACAACGUCACCGCCAAACAGCAUCCAAUCACAUUCCCGGUGCACGCCGGCAUCGCCGCCAACAGUUUGUACCAACUGUAUGGACUAGUGGCUGCUGUUAAUGAGACGAAUGAAAGUUCCAUCACUAUUUGGUCUUCGGCGAAUGAUUUUGUUGAUGUACAGAAAUUACGUAAAUUAAUUUUCUCAUUAGGUUUUGAUCGCGUCUACUUGGAUGUACCCGAUGAUUUGGCCGACCAGUUAGACUUAGGACGUGCAGACACAGACAAAGCCUCUGCCAGGCUACCUUCUUUGCUCAGUUUUAGCAUGGUCAGCGCCUGUUUGGUUUUGGCCAGCAUGUGGAUUAAUCGUGUUAGACUAUAAUUUUAUUUCAAUAUUAAAAUAAUUUAUAAUACAUACAUACAUACUUA